CAACAAGUGAUAUGAUCCCAAAUUCCAAGUCACAAUGCUUUGAAACCCAAAACUUUACGAAUCCAUGCCCUAACUCUGCCCUAAAAGUGAAAUCAUCCUCCACUGGCGCAGAACACUGUCGUGGUGGCAAUGUCGUCGAACGGCGCAGAGCUUCCCCAGGAGCUGCUAAUUGACAUACUCUCUCGACUGCCGGCAAAGUCUCUCUGCCGAUUCAAAUGCGUAUCGAAGCCAUGGCUUACACUAAUCUCAGACCCCCAUUUUGCCCAAACACACCUUAAUCGAAACAAACCACAGAGAGUCAUUCUCUUAUCCGACUACCUUUACUCCGUCGACUGUGAUGAAACCUCUGAUAGCGCCUCUGUAAUGGCAACGAAGCUUGAUUUCCCACCGAUUGAUUACCCGAACGAGUUGAUCGACAUUUUGGGUUCUUGGAACGGUUUGAUUUUAAUCGCCAACGAAGAAAACGCCAAGUUUUUGUUGAAUCCAACAACUAGAGAGUCCAAGAAGUUACCCAAAUCCCCUUUUGCCCUUGAUCCAUUUUCCAGUUACACCAUGUAUGGACUUGGGUACGAUUCGUCUACAGAUGAUUACAAGGUUUUAAGUGUUGCUUACAAUGCUAGAGAUGAGGAUGACGAUGAUGAAGAAGAAAAAGAAUGCGCUGAUACAUUUGUAAGUGUGUUUUCACUCAAAACCGGUGCUUGGAGGAGGAUUCAAGAUGUUCCCUAUGAUCAUUCUUCUCUAGAGCCUUACUCGUUGGUUCUUGUAAAUGGGUCUAUACAUUGGUUAACUUGUAGGUCUUCCGAUUAUUCUUCUGUAAUUGCUGCUUUUGAUGUAGCAGAGGAGAAAUUCCGUGAUGUGCCGGCACCUAGCUCAAUUGACAACAACCGGUUGGUCUUACAUGGAUUGGGAGUUUUUGGAGAGUUUCUCUGUGUGCUUGUAUGUUGUAAUAGUAACAAAACUGAUGUUUGGGCGAUGAAGGAGUAUGGGGUUACUGAGUCUUGGACCAAAUUUACUACAAUCUGUAAACCUUAUAUGCACAUGAUGGAACCCUUAUGUUUUUUGGUGGAUGAGGAAGUUCUAUUGGAAAUGGAUGGAAAGAAAUUGGUUGCAUUCAAUGCCAAAGAGAGAACAUCAAGAGAUAUAGUGGUGCGUGGCAUUCCUAGGACGUUCAGAGCAGGGAAGACCUAUGUGGAGAGCCUUGUUUCACCCUGUUGCAACUCUGGGAUUGAGAGAAAAUUUAAAGGGAGUCGAAACUUGAAGAAUUGUCAACUAAAUAGGGUUUUUGAAUCAAUGACUGAACUCUGUAGAACCAGGACAGAACAAUUAGUGGCAGAAGCAAAAAGAAAUGAUUUGGCUUCAAGUUCGAGCUCAAGGAGCAUUGAGGCUUCCAAUUUUAUCACCGACCAUUUCUCCCAAUCAGAUUUCUUGGAUUUCCUCAAGUCCACUGGGAUUCUAGAAAGACCAAUUUACGAGAAGGCCUUAAAGAUGUUCCAGGAUCCAUACUGGAGGGAGAAAUUCAUCAGUAUGCUUGACGAAGAUGUAGGAGCAUGAGUUGAACGCUUAGCAGAACCAGGAAGUUUCCCAUUAUUUUACUCGAUUUCAUGAUUAGAAGGAAUCAAUUCACCUUCCUCAACAGCAAACUCCAAUGCAUCAAAAUUGUGGAGAAGAUAAGUUGGUUUGGGGGUUUGGGGCUCAAACCCUAACGAUAAAUUCUCUGUCAAAACUGCCUAUGAGAUUGUAAUUCAAGAUCUUUCAAAGACUUCAGAGCAGUUGUCCCAGCCAGGAAACCGUAUGCAUCAAGAAUUCUGGGAAUUUGAAAAAUGUGGAGGAGAUUGUUUGUAAGUCCUGUGGCUUAAAUGAUUUCUUCAUCUAUUUUGUUUUUGCUCUUUGUCCAGCAUGGUUCGGACCAUUUAGAUUGGAUCUGAGUUCUUGUAAUUGGAAGUCAUGGCAGGAUUUUUUGUUAUUGUUAACUCCCCUUUUCCAACACAUUCAGUUCUGAAACUGCUGAAGCUUUGAACCUUAGAGAGGGUAUUAGCUUACUUAUCCACUAGGGUUACCUGAAAGUGAUUACUGAAAGGGAUUGUCUUGCGGUUAUGAUUCGUAUACUGGUUAAUUACACUCACACCCUUUGAUGUUUGGUUUAUUGACCGUGAAAUAAAAGUUAGCUAUUUUUUGGACAAUUUCACCCCAUCAAAAAUUUGAUACAAGCAAGCCCUCAAAAAGUGAGAAAAGAUGAUAUUGCCCUUCAAUUUUAGCUGUAAAAAAUAUCAUACAUUUUAAAAGACCAAAACAUCCUUGAGAAGCCAAACUCUUUGUGUGUGCACACACACACACACAAGGAACUAGGGUCAGCCCCACUCUUACUCACGGGAAACGAACAAAGAACCAAGAAUAAUUCGAAGACUGUAAAUGGGUUUGUAUGUAUGUAUUAUAAGGAAACUUAAAAAGUCAUGGUCUAUUUAAACUUAAAGCGAUGGUCUGUUUAAAAUCUUUUUAACAUUUAUAAUUGAUCAAGGAAUCAUGAUAUAGUGAUAUUUUUUUUACCUUUCAAAGUGGAUGAUGAUAAUUUCAAAAUUUCAAAAGAGAAAAUUAGGUGUGACUGAGGUGUGUUUCUCGCCACUAAAAAAGCAUCUAUAAUUGCAUUGACUAGGUUCAAUAUUACUGGUAAAUGGAGAGAAAUUUUUGAAAUUUGAGCUGAUGGAGAAACUUGUAAAUUCAAAGACACCCGUCAUUGUAAACUAAACCAAGUUGGAUUAGGAGGAAGAGUCGGCAAUUGAGGUCGGAAGACCUAUCAUUUCAUUUGUUGAACUUUAACUGAAGAAUUUUAGUAUACUUAUGAAAACAGUAUAACGUGGAUUCCUCAAGCAAAACAGGCAGUACAUGUAACUCCACGAUUACAAUUAAUCCAACUGGAACUUUAUUUGGCAACUGAUCAUGACUUGGAAAUUUUGGCAGGAAGGAAAAGCAAUAAAA